AUGCAAUAUCCACGCAAUAUUCAUUAUGAACAUUGUGACUUACCAUUUACAGCAGAAAAUUUAACAGUUCCAAUAUCAUCAAACAUUAGUAAUAAGAAAUUGGUUGCGAAUCUCUAUGAUAUAUAUAAAUAUGUUAUUUAUUACCGUUAUUUACAUGAAUGCCUAAGAAAUGGACUUGUUUUAUUGAAGAUUCAUAGGAUUUUAGCUUUCAAUCAAAAAGCAUUUUUAGAGCCAUAUAUUUCCCUAAAUACAUAUUUAAGACAAAAUGCUACAUCUGAUUUUGAAAGAGACUUUUUUAAAAAACAAAAUAAUUCAAUUUUUGGAAAAACUAUAGAGAACAAAAGAAAACAAGUCGAUGUUAAGCUAGUAAAUGUAUGGAAAGAUAAUUUUAAUAACACAAAUAAAGUCUGUGGUGCCGAAAAAUAUGUUAGUGCGCCUAAUUUCAAAAAUUUUACAAUUAUUUCUGAUAGCCUCAUAGCCAUUCAACUCCGACCAACAAAAGUGAUCUUGGAUCGCCCAAUAUAUGUGGACUUUACUAUUUUGGAACUUGCAAAAAGUCAUUUAUAUAAUUUUCAUUAUUCUGUAAUGAAGAAAAUAUACAAAGAUAAUAAUAUCAAACUUUGUUACACUGAUACAGAUAGUCUUUUGUAUUUAAUUUACACUGAAGACUUCUAUAAAGAUAUGAAAGAUAAUAUUAAGUACUUUGAUACAAGUAAUUUUCUUGAAAAUAAUAUAUACCAUAUUCUAAAAGCGAAUAAACAAAUACCAGGGUAUUUAAAAGAUGAAUUAGGUGGUGAUAUUAUAACAGAGUUUAUAAGAUUGAAAGCAAAAUUAUACUGCGUUAAUACUUUAAAGUCCGCAAUUAAAAAAGCAAAAGGUGUGAAAAAGCACAUCACAAAAAUAUUAACUAUUGAAAAGUGUAGACAUAUUUUAAAUUCUAAGAAAACCCAUAGAGACACUAUGUACGUAAUACGAUCUAAGAAUCAUAUAUUUUAUACGCAAAAAAUAAAUAAGCUCAUUCUUAGUGGCAAUGAUGAUAAGCGACAAAUAUGUGACGAUAUGUAUAAAACUUUGCCUUGGGGACAUUAUAGCAAUUUAUUUUAA